AUGAAAGCCAUUUUUUUUCUUCUUCUAGUGUUUUGUAUUUCUUCACUUGUUAUGUGCUCUGCAUUUGUAAAUCAUAAACAAGGUGGCCAAAACUUUAAUGUCGUUAGUUAUGGUGCCAAGGGUGAUGGAUAUACAGACGAUUCAAAUGCUUUUCUAAAAGCAUGGAAUGAUGUCUGUGGUACCACUGAAGGCAACCCAACACUUAUAAUACCUCAAGACAAAAAAUUUAUGUUGCAACCUAUGAAGUUUCAAGGUCCUUGCAAAUCUAAAACAAUUAAUGUUGAGAUAAUGGGAACUAUCACUGCUCCAAAAAGAAGGGAGAGUUGGAAAUGGGAUAAUAACGAUAGUGAAUCAUGGAUUGCAUUCAGUCAUGUGAAUGGCCUUGUUAUUAGUGGAGAAGGAACAAUUGAUGGUCAAGGUAGUUCCUGGUGGAACGAUGUUGGUGAACAUGAUAGACCAACGGCUCUUCGAAUUCUUGGAUGUGAAAAUAUAAAACUAAGUGGUUUAAGACACAUCAAUAGUCCAAGAAAUCAUUUAAGCAUAACUUCAUGCACUGGUGCCUUAAUCUUCGAUAUUCAUAUGACUGCUCCGAAAGAUAGUCCUAACACCGAUGGGAUUGACAUUGCAUCGUCAACACAUAUAGUCAUUCAAAAAUCAGUCAUCUCAACUGGAGACGAUUGCGUGGCUAUUAACUCAGGCUCCCAAUUUAUAAAUAUUACUGAUGUUUAUUGUGGACCUGGUCAUGGCAUCAGUGUUGGAAGUCUUGGAAAAGGUGGGAGUUAUGCAACAGUAGAGGAUGUAUAUGUACGAAAUAUAACAUUCACAGGAACAACUAAUGGUGCUAGAAUCAAGACAUGGGUGGGAGGAUCUGGGUAUGCGAGGAAGAUAACUUAUGAAGAUAUUAAACUUUUUGGUGUGAAGAAUCCAGUGAUUAUUGAUCAGCAAUACGAUGCUUUACAAGGAUUAAACAAAGCUGUGAAAGUGAGUGAUGUUACUUUCCGGAACAUUGAAGGAACUGCAGACGAUGAGGAAGCAAUUGAAUUGAAUUGUGACCGUAUUGGAUGCACUGAAAUUGUACUCGAAAAUAUUAAAAUAACUGGUCUUGAUGGAAAGCCAAUAUCUGCAACAUGCAAUAAUGUACAAGGGUCAUGUUCUUCUUGCAAACCAAAUGUCCCAUGUCUUUCUUGA